AUGGCCACCAAAACCACUGAAAUCGACUUCGCGAAGUCGGUCUUGAUAACUCUCUCCUCCAAACCGGUCACAAUAGCUCCAGACCAUGUCGAAGACCUAAGAAAGCUGCCUCCCAGGGCUCUAUUCACCCUCCCGAAGCUCCCCACUACAAUGUCCAAACCUCGCGAUCCCUCACAACCAGCUUCUGCGACAAUCCACCUCAAAACCCUGCGUCCUCCUCAAUUCAUCAAUGAAUCUUUAGAAUCCCAUCCACUCUCCUCGACGGUGCAAUCUAUAAAAACCAUAAUCGAAGCUAAAACCGGAGUUCCGUCGGAUAAGCUCCGGUUGAUGAUUAAGGGCAAAAUUUUGGGAGAUUCGAAGACUUUAAGCGAGAUCGCUGAGGAUGGUGGCGAGGUUACGAUCAGUGUUAUGGUUACGGGAGGGUAUACUGUUCCUACUGCUGGAUCCUCAUCAUCGACUCCCUUACCGGAUACAGCGGCUGUAGCUGAAGCUGUGGAGAAAGUCGAGACGGCGGAGGAGGCAGUGAAGAUGGAUGUUGAUAAUGAGGUUGGAGAUGUGGUUAAGGUUUUGGAAGGUGACGAGUUUUGGACUGAUUUGGAGGUGUUUUUGAGGCAGAAGGUUGGGAAGGAAGAGGUGGCGAAGGAGGUUUCCGGGAUAUUUAGACAGGCUUGGGGAAAUAGAUCACGGUAA